CUUCUGCUUUUCUAGAAGACUUACAGCAGCUUGUUGUUAAACAGUUUUUGAUCCGUCAACAUUGACUUUCUGUGGGAAGUCUUAAGUUUUUAAGUAAAAAAAAUCAAAUUUGUAAGAGCUUAGGCCAAGAUUUUCACCGAAAAUGAAGAGUCGUUCGGCCACAGCUGCUGAAACUCGGAACGAAGCUAGUGUUGAAGGUGAGCGUCCAAACCACAAGAGGCCCUACAAUCGGAAGUCGCUUAUAUGCCGACUAUGCCUGCGAGUGCUUCCCAAGAAUCAACUACCGGAGAUUUUCGCCCAAAGCGGUAACCUUCCGAAAGUCAUCCAAUCGGCUGUUGGAACGGAGGUUUCGAAGAAGGAUCGUUCCAUUCGCAUUUGUGUCUGCUGUCUAGAUAUGGUUAAAACGAUAAGUGAUUUCCGAGCAACUUGCGAGCGAGCCGAAGUUUUGUUCACCCAGAACUUGGAAAUUCCCGAAGGAUCCUUUUGGACAGAAGAUUCUGACCAAAAAAUAUUUGGAAAAUGUCGGACACUAGUGGAGGAAUUCAAAAUCGAGGUUGAUAAACAUUUCACUAAUCAAUUGGCGGUGAUAUGCGACGUCCAAAAAAAAGAUGUUCUUGAGGAAUCGACCCAUUCCGAAGAUAUCCCAAUGGAACCCACUACGGUACUAGAAGAGGAACACGUCGAUGUGGAAGACACAGGUAAUGCCGUCAAAGUAGAACCUGAAGAGCAGCUGUACCUUGAAGAAGAGCAUCUGGAAGAACAGCCAAGCGGAAGUGAGCAUGAUUUUGUGUGCUCGGAUGUGGAUGACCCGGAUUUUGUUAUCGAUGAUCAGUGUAACGAAAUGGAAGAUCAAAACGAUGACGAAGAAGUUUCAGCACCAGACAUAAAAGAAACACUGGAUGUUGCUGCUCCUCGUAGACGCCGAGGAAGACCUUGCUUGCCGGAAGAAUUGCUCAAACGCCGAAAGCGGAAGCCAGGAGAACCCAAGCGGAAGCCUGGACCAAAAGGGUACAACAAGCCUCCUCCUCAAUCGAUUUGUGAGAUAUGCGGAGUCAUGGUAAACCGGGAGAACCAGGAAAGGCAUCGAAACGAGCAUCUGGGAAACCGACCUUACGUUUGUACGAUCGAGGGCUGCUCCCACGCUUUCACCAGUAAGGCCGGACUUCAUGGUCAUCUGGCUCGGCAUGCGGAUCGGGACAAGAUCUACGACUGUGACAUCUGCGGAGCGAAAAUAAAAACCAAAAGUUCACUGCAUCGGCACAAAAAACUGCACACCGCGGAGAAACCACACGGGUGCGAUAUUUGCGGCAAACGAUUCUGGAGGAAAUCGUAUCUCAAUCAUCACGCUACGGUUCACACGGGAGUGGCGAAAUUCCCGUGCGAAUAUUGUGGAUUUGUUUUUAAGAAUAAGUAUUGGCGCUCGUUCCACAUUAAGCAAAAACACGUGGCCAAAGGGGAAGCGCCCAAGUUUGAAGCUUUGGAGGAACUGGCGGAGAACGAAGAAAUGGCCGAAGUAUUGGAGGACGGUGUGGAAAUGGGACAAAUAUUAGAAUAAAAUAAUUGAUGAAAAU